AUGGCUAGUUUGUACCCGACUUUGGAGGAUAUGGUGAUCGACCAGUAUCAGUCGGCACAGCUUGAAAAAGGAGGUAACACUUUCUACGAUGGAAAUAAUGCUACAUCAUUUAUGUCACAAACUUCAGAACUACCGAAAUCGCCAUCAGCUCCAAUUUAUGAAUCGGGAACUAUUUGUUGUUGUAACGCUUACCCAUUACUGCCACCCUACUUCUCUACCCAGGUUACAGAGCCGCAGAAUACUGUGUCGACAACGAUAGUACCAAAAAAAACAUCUACUAAUGCGAUAAGUGGUAGCCAAGUAGUCGUUGGUACUACAGUUAUGAUGGCUCCGCUAACGUUUUCAAGCACCGGACUCCAGAAGGCCAAUGUUACACAUGGAAUUCGUCAAGUGAUUCUGAUCAGAAAUAAAAAGAAGGAAAAGUAUGGUCUUCGUUUUCGAUCACUCAACAAGGGUAUCUUUGUGCACUUUGUUUCUAAGGAUUCGCCAGCUGCAGCUGCCGGUAUUCGUUUUGGUGACCAGAUUUUAAAAGUUAACGACAAAGAAGUGGUAGGUAUGGAGGGUGACAAGGUGUUGGAUCUUAUGACUAAACCAAAAGAUGCUCAGGAAGUUACCUUAACUAUCAGAGACAGACCAUUUGAGAGGACAAUUACUUUGCAUAAGGACAGUGUUGGGAUGUUUGGUUUCGGUCACAAAGAUAACCUGAUAACUGCGAUAACAAAGGAUUCUAGCGCUAGCAGGAACGGUUUAUUAACAGAUCAUAGGAUUCUUGAGGUGGACGGUCGGAGCAUCAUUGGUUUUAGCGUAAGCAUUAUAUACAAGUUACCAAAACAAAAGAUUUUAGGACACUAA